AUGCAACGUUUCAGAAAACAGAAUGAGUUUUUACGUAUGGAUAUUCAUAAACUGGUAUUUCUGCUGUUAAUUGUUAGACUACUACUAUGUUGUAUAGACGUCGCCUUGGUAAGGGACCAUAUCAAAUCACAGGCGAACGAGAGGCGGCGAAGCGCCUAUAACAUAUGGACUAUACACUUUGUUCCACCGCGGUUGAUGAAUAUAUCUAAAGCGACUAACGAGUUAAACGAGACACAAGAGAGUCUAAAUGUUGCCAACAGUAUCUCAGAAAAUGAGUUUGACAAAUGGACUAUACUACUUACCAUUAAUGACGAAUAUUUCGAUUUUUUCCAAAACUGGUGGUUGUUCUUUGUACGACUUAACUUACCAGUGAAGGUUUUAGUUAUAGCUGAAGACGGAGAUGUAUUUAGGAAAAUUAUGGCUAAUUAUGCGGCAUAUACUUAUGUUGAGAGAAGUGAGCUUGACAUUGAAGAGGAAACAUACUUUGACAGCAAUGUUCGGAGAAAAAUAGCUUUUUCUAGGAUAUCUCAUAUAAUCCGGUAUCUUAAAAACGGUACCAAUAUCUUAUAUUCGGACAUUGACACUGUUUGGUUGAAGAAUCCGUUUUCAUAUUUCACAGGGGCUUGCGACAUGUGGGUUCAAAUGGAGGAUGAAAACAUAUAUUCCACUGGUUUUCUAGCAAUUUCUAGUAAUGUAAAGACGUGUAACUUCAUGCAGAGAUGGAGGCAUGUGUUGAAAUAUAAAAUACAAGAUGACCGGCCGGUUUUCAACGCCUUGUUGAAAUAUACAGACAUUAGGCCCUGUCCUCUUGACGACGACAAAUUUGCAGCUGGUCCAACAUUUAGACGACUGACGGACGCCCAACGGCAAGAGACCGUGAUCGUCCAUAACACUAACUUCGAACUUGCACAUGUGAUGAAAAGAGAGAGGUUCAAAAUGUGGAAAUUGUGGAAUAACGGUACCGACAAAGACUUGGGGAGUUUAGAUGACCUCAAAAAUGAUAAUCAAGUUAAUGAAACAGUGGUGGGCUAG